GUGUAUUCACGCUCCUAUCUCUGUGUCAAUACCUCUCUGCUCUGCUUUGAAAUCACGAGCAAUUAAUUUUGUGCGUUGUGAGUUUAUUAAGCUGAAUUUCUUUGGCCCUGUUUAUCAUAUUGUAAUAAUUUUUUUAUUUUCGAUUUGAUUAUAUGCGCUCCUUAGUCCUUUCACUCCUUUGAUCACAAGCAAUUACUUUCUGGUACGGGUGUUAGAAAAAAUGGCGAAACCCUAACACACACUCCUCUGUCCUCCCACUCACAACUGUCGUCGUCGCCGUCGCCAUCGAGCACAUCAUUUAUCACUUUCUUCUUCUCUGAUUCAUGUUUCUUUCUCUGUCAGCAAUAAUAAAAAGGAUGGCAUGGCUCGUUUAUCGUUUUCUUUGGCAGAAAAUGAUGGGGUUUUCCAAGUUGGGGUAUGAAAUUAAGUUGUGAAACUUGAGAAAGAGUAGGCUGAGAUGGUUUUCGUUUGAGGUAAAAAGAGGGGAAUUUGUAGCUUUUGGAAGCUUGGUUUUCUCUGUGAGCUGAAGCUCUGCCAUUUUAGUGUUAUAGUUGAGCUGCGUAUUAUUGACCCUCCACAACUCCGUUGAACAUGUACGGCAGAAAAGCUUGCGAGCUUGUGAAAGAAUUUGCAAGCGUAGGUAAAGGCCAGCUCACACAGUACAAUAGUGACCUCUUUGAACAAGUAGUUGCAGAAUGCAGCCAGCAUCACCUUGAGCUUCAAUCUUUGAUAAGAAAAAUGCAGGAAGAAGGUUUGGAUGUCCAAACAGCUAGAAAUGCUGACCACUAUGGUGCCCUUAUCCACCAUCUCUCUUUAGUCCGCAAUAAGCGCUGCCUAAUGGCCUAUGUAAAUAACCGAGCUGAGAUUAUAAGAAGCUUGUUGUGGAAGAUUGGCAGUGUGCUUCCUAAAGAGAUUGAGGAGAAGCUUUCUCACACAGAGGAAGAGUAUUUCAACAAGUAUUCUGGAGAAUUGAAAAAAUACAUGUCAAAAAUGGAGUUAGACCUGACAGUGGAUAUGGUGCCGCCAAAAGAUCCUUACAUCAAAGUAAGGGUCCUUGAUGACAUUGGAGAUGGCAUUGUGCUUAGCGAUAAGACUGCCAAUUUUGCUCGUCAUUCGAUCCACUUUCUGAAGCGAACUGAUGCCGAACAAUUCAUUUCACGGGGCUUAAUGGAGGAACUCACAGGUUGAUAGAUGAGAAAAUUGGUUUAAAGCCUUUUCAAAUGUUUAUCAAUAAUUUCACCAAUGUUGCUUGAAAAACUGACUAUUUUGAUGUUUGGCUUGUUUGUUCAAUGACUUCUAUUAUGUGCACAUAUAUAAUGUAACAACAAUAUGCUAAUAUUCUAUUCUCUGGCUGUGUGGAUUACUUGCAUUUGCAUUGGCCUUGUGUUCAGAUU